GCGGAAAUCGACGGUACGGGAUAGAGGAGCUUCCGGUAGAGCGGGAGGUGGGUGUGCGAGCGGCGGCGGGGACAGAACGGAGAGAACGGGGAGCACCGAGAGAACGGGGAGCACCGAGAGCCGCAGCCAUGACGGUGGGAAAGAGCAGCAAGAUGCUGCAGCACAUCGAUUACCGCAUGCGGUGCAUCCUGCAGGACGGCCGGGUCUUCAUCGGCACCUUCAAGGCCUUCGAUAAGCACAUGAACCUCAUCCUCUGCGACUGCGAUGAGUUCAGGAAGAUCAAACCUAAGAAUUCAAAACAGCCAGAGCGGGAAGAAAAACGAGUCCUUGGUCUUGUGUUGCUGCGAGGAGAAAACCUGGUGUCUAUGACAGUUGAAGGGCCACCUCCAAAAGAUACUGGAAUCGCCCGUGUGCCUCUCGCUGGAGCUGCUGGAGGACCUGGAGUUGGGAGAGCAGCUGGAAGGGGAGUACCAGCUGGUGCACCCAUGCCCCAGGCUCCAGCAGGAUUAGCUGGCCCUGUCAGAGGAGUGGGAGGACCAUCCCAACAGGUGAUGACACCCCAGGGUCGUGGAACGGUCGCUGCUGCUGCUGCAGCUGCCACUGCUAGCAUAGCAGGAGCUCCAACUCAAUACACACCAGGACGCGGGGGUCCUCCUCCACCCAUGAGCAGAGGAGCCCCUCCUCCAGGAAUGAUGGGACCCCCUCCAGGCAUGAGACCACCCAUGGGUCCACCAAUGGGAAUGCCACCUGGCCGAGGUGCUCCUAUGGGAAUGCCGCCACCAGGCAUGAGACCACCACCCCCAGGAAUGAGAGGACCCCCUCCCCCUGGCAUGCGUCCACCAAGGCCCUAAGAUCCUCUACAAUGUACCUUAGAAGACUAAUAAGAAAACACACUGAGCAGUAUCACUUGUUUGAACUUUGCUAUGUAUAUUUUCUAUUUACUGCUUGUAAAGUUUGCCCUUUUUAAUAAAGCUGGAAAACAACAGUUUA